CAAUGGUAUCCCGCGAGGAGCGCAUGUGCGCCGCGCUCACCGCCCCGCAUUUCCUGUGCAACGCGACGCUCGCGCAACGAACAUUUCCCGAACGUAAACUUAACAAUUUAAAAUUAAUUCCAGAGCGGUUUUAAAUAAACAUUUGAACAAUAAUAUAAAUUUUGUGUGAAAUGUUGAAGAAAUACAAGUACUACCUAUGACAAUGGCGCGCAUUGCAAGAAAAUUCGUGCGUGUGACGAAAUUUUUAUUAGCAGGAGUUACAAUUUUCUGUGUGAGUUGGAUUGCGUCUGUAAAUGAGUGGCAUGCGGGAGUGCGCUGGAGAGGGCGUCAAGUGGGAAUGUCCACGAUGAGAACCAUCAUCGCGUACUCAGAGGGGAAACAGGCCGAGCUGGACCGGCCCUCACCUGUAGCCUGCGACCGCCUGCCUGCCUUCCCAACUAUACCACGAUUCAACCGAACCUGGAACCCAAACGAAAUUCCUGAUUCAUCCUGGCAGAAUGUUGCUGGCACGAGCGUGUCUCUGUACUCUGCCUUCUAUGACGACCGCUCAUCGCAGCGAUAUGUUAGGAUAUUGGCUAGUUUUCAAGGUCGCAAUUUCCCGUCUGAAGUAACAUUAUACUGCCAAACGCGUUCGUUGAACCCUUAUGAGGAGUCAGUCGAAGUAGUCGCUGCAAAGCCAUUAGAAAUGUGGUGGCGUAAAUGGGACUAUAAAUCACCGAGAGUACUUACUCCUUUGUUGCUCUCUUGUCCUCGAACGGAAUCAUUAUACGGACCGUCUGUUGUAUCCAUUGUAAGUGAACCUUGUGAUGACCCCACCAAUGCCUUCACCAUAGAUCCUAGUCAUUCUACAAGCCGUUAUGAGAGAAAAUUCACAAUCUGUGUCAAAGACAUGAAAUUCAACAAGGAUGUAUCACAAAAUCUUAUAGAAUGGAUAGAAACAAACAAAUUAUUAGGUGUAGAUAAAAUCGAUAUUUAUAUAGACAGUAUUACAAAAGAGAGCGAAGAUGUCUUGUUACAUUAUAGAAAUGAUGGAUAUGUGAGAUUGUUCCAUGUUCCCAUUAUUCAUAAGCCUGAGAGAUCUUUGUGGCAAAGACGGAGAGAUCACAUAAUAACAUACAAUGAUUGUUUAUAUAGAAAUAUAAGAGAAUCUGAAUACAUAGUCCCUUUAGACAUCGAUGAAAUUGUAUUGCCUAAGAUAGCAAAUACAUGGCCUGAAUUGCUAAAACGCCUAAGCGAGAAGGGAUAUGAUCCAUCUGAGGAGUCAGGUGUUUUAAUACAAAAUGUAUUUUUCUUUGAUUUUUUACAAGGAAUUGAUAAAUAUGAACAUAAAAUCCCUAGUGAUAGCAAAGUUUAUAUAAAAAGAGAUGAUGUUCGAAUAAAAAGGACGAACAAUUUAGAUUUAGGAGAAAUAGUGUUAUUAGAUGAUUCAGAUAGUUAUUAUAAUGAAGUCAUAGAUAUUAGUGAUAAUAUGAAUAGUUUGGAAGAAGAAUAUAAAUCUCGUUGUGGAAAAGAAUUGCCAAUGCCUAAACUAGCAAAGCAUACAAUAAGCUCCGCAAGAGUCAGUCCUUUAGGUUAUUAUAGUAAAAGCCUUAUGGUGACCAAGAACGUUCUGUCGGCAUUCAACCACUACGCUCUGAAUAGCCUUGGUUCGAUGACUUUCGCUGGGUGGCCGGCGCCCUUCGAGGAGGUACAACUCAAUCAUUAUAAGGAGUCGUGCAACACGACGGUGAUGGAGGAGUGCGCGUGGUACGGUCAGCGUGCGCGCUUCGACCGUUCAGCACUGCGGCUGCGCGGGCCUCUCACACGCGCUCUCGCCAGUUCCAUCUGCAUGCCAAUAAAUACUACCUGA